AGAGCGGAAGUGGGUCACAGUUGGUUUCGGUUUCAGUGUUUAGUCACUCGACAUUUAGCGACUUCCUGUCUGCUCCCAGUCUUAUCUCUGUGUCCACUGAGGCUGUACUCCUUGGGCACUGGAGGAGCUGACCAGUGAGUGCCUUGUGUCAGGUUCCGGGUGUUGCUGAGAUGAGUGUUAACCGCAAGCCGACCCCUCCUAGUGUGCCCUCCAACCUCAUCACCAGGGAGGAGAAUGAGAUGGUCUUCAGGCUGCUGGACCACAGAUGUCAGAGUCUGUCUACAGCGGUGGUGCAGGUGUUUGGCACAGAUGGGCCACACCACAAUUCCUGGAGGCGCCGGCACUGUGGGGUGGCUACCUUCACUAAGGAUAAUAUGCGCAGGUCCUACUUCAUUCAGGUUUAUGACUUGACUCUGGGGAAACGAGUGUUUGAGCAGGAGCUGUACAACCAGUUUAUCUACACAGCCUCCAUGCCCUUCUUCCACCAGUUUGAGGCUGAGGACCAGAUGAUUGGCCUGAACUUUGCUGAUGAGUCUGAGGCAAAUGCUUUCAAUACUGCCAUCAGUGACCGCCUGGCCACCAAACAGAGGAAGAAGGAGGAAAGGAGACGGCAGAAUGGACAACAGCAGCUGCAUCAUCAGGGGUCUUUCAGUACUCAGACUCAGCACCAGCAGAAUGUCAGCCACCUGCACCACCACCACCACCAGCCCCAGGCACCGCAGCCCCCACCACCACAGCCCAAGCCCUCAUCUGUGCCAUACCUCCAUGUCAACAACGACUCCCGCAAGAAGUCCACCAAGAAGGGAAGCAAGAACAAGAACAAGUUGAGCAAGGAUGAAAUAGGAAUGCCAACUGACUUCAAGCACAUCACUCACGUUGGUUUCAAUCCUGACACCGGCUUCUCCCAGUUCAGCGUAGAUGAGAAGCUGGAAGGGUUCUUUAACAUUGUCGGGGUGAGUGAGAAGCAGCUCUCUGACAGCCGGACGAGAGAGUUCAUCUAUGACUUCAUUGAGCGGAAUGGUGGCGUGGAGAAAGCCAUCCAGGAAACUCAGCGUCUCUCUUCCCUCUCCCCCGCCACCAUCACCACCACAUCCUCCCCUGGACCUCCACCUCCCCCACCUGCUAAAUCCUCUGGCCCUCUUCCUCCUCCACCUGCUGUUCCCUCACACGCCCCAACACAAGGCACACGGGCUGUUCCACCCCCACCACCAAGGACUGGUACCCAUGGCCAUCCUCCACCCCCACCCCCUCCCAUCUCCGCCCCUCCGCCCCCACCACCGCACCCUCGAGGCCCCAUGCCGCCACCCCCAGGCCAGGUCAUGGCAGGACCAAAGACCACUCCCUUGCCUCCUCUACCCACCUCCAGCUCCAACCACCAAGUGCCCCCUCCUCCUCCACCCACCUCCACCAUACCCACCCUGCAGCACCACCAUCACCACCACCACCACCACCACCCCACCAAGGCUGCUGCUCCACCUCCUCCACCACCCCCUGUCCCCUCCAAUGGCAUGGCACCCCCUCCUCCACCACCGAUGCCACCCAUGGGAGCUGCACCAGCCAGUGGGGUGACACAGGAUGCCCGGUCUGCCCUGCUUGACCAGAUUAGGACAGGCUCCACUCUUAAGGCCUGUAGUCCGCAUGGUUCUUCUCAGAAGGUAGAGCCACAGGAGCGACCACCUCCCACAGAUUCCCGCAGUCAGCUGAUGGGAGAGAUUCGGUCAGGCAUCAAGCUGAACCCGGUGGAAGAACCAUCAGAGAGCAGCAGCAUGAAAUCCAAUGAGCCCAAACUGGAAGGUCUGGCUUUGGAUCUGCACCGCGCCCUGGCCAUCCGAGCUGUGGCCAUGCAGAGCGACGACGACACAGACACGGACUCUGACUCUGAUGAGGGCUGGGACGAUGAUGACGACGACACCUGAGGGGCAGAGGGCAGGGGGCAGCACAGCAGGGGGGGUGGCUAAGAUGCUGGGUGUUCCUCCUGCUGUGACAGUGAGGAGGUGACAUCAACUACUGCACUGGGUUUGUCUGUUGAAGAGGUCUUGUGGUUAAGUGCAGCAAGAGUGGGUGUUUUUCUUUUCUUUUUUUAUUGUUUGUUGACUUCUUGUUUUCUUGAAUUUUGUAUUUCUAUAUUUUCAUUUGGUUUUAUUUCUGUGUUGGUUGAAGUCUCGAUAACUGUUGGAUCUGGUCGUUUCCUUUCAUUACUCUGACGACAAAACACGCUGGUGUGUUCUUAUGUUGGUGUGUUGUUAUUUGUUAUUAUUACUACUAUUUUUUAUUAUUAUUAUUAUUAUUAUUAUUAUUAUUAUUAUUAUGUUUCUCAUUAUUAUUUUGGUGAAGGAAAGAGAUAGUGAUACACUUUAUUAAUUUUUCAUUCUAUAAUUAUGUAAAUAUCCAUUUUUUAUUUUGAGCAGAAGAAAUAUUUUUACUAUGAGAAAAUGAGGAAAUGUGUAAUUUUUUGUGAGAAGUAUUGACAGAUCUUAUACAGUUAUGUAGUCAUGUGUCUUUUCAGAAUGUUAUUUUUUAACUCCCCUUGUAGCAAUUUUGAAAAGAUCUGAAUGUAACUUAAGGAAGUAGAUGAUUGCAAGGUAAGCAGCAUAGUGGUGUCAUGAAUUAUGCUUCAGGCAAGGUCAGUGAUCUAUAAGUGCUGUGCUGAACCCAAUGGGCCAACACAUCUUUCCUCAUAGCAUCUUGUACAUUUCUCACAAGCUGCAUGUUAUCACUUCACUUCACUUGAGAGCAGCACUCAAACACUUAACAAACAUUCAUAUCUCUUUCAAACUCCCUCCCGUUACCACUGACAUCCAUUUGAUAAUCAGACUAAAGUACACACACACACACACACACACACACACACACACACACACACACACACACACACACACACACACACACACACACACACACACACACACACACACCACGUAGUGUAGU